ACAGAUGGCUUUCAUAAGAUCACUUCGAUUGAGAAUGGUGGGCUGCGUUUCGAUCGGGAUGAGAUUGAGUUUUCACAUCCAUGCUUCAAGCGCAAUUAUCCCUAUCUCUUGGACCACAUCAAGCGCAAGAUAUCCAACACCAAAACCGUGGAUGAGAAGAGCUUGCUGAAGCAGGAGACUGUAUCGAAAGUGCUAAGUGAUGUGAAGGCUAUGCGAGGCCGUCAGGAUAACUUGGACUCGCGUUUCUCGGUGAUGAAGCAGGAGAACGAAGCUCUCUGGCGCGAAAUCGCUUCGCUACGUCAAAAGCAUGCCAAGCAGCAGCAGAUUGUCAAUAAGCUGAUACAGUUUCUGAUUUCGAUAGUGCARCCAUCSCGUAACAUGUCCGGUGUGAAGCGUCAYAUGCAGCUGAUGAUUAACGAUACRCCGGAGAAUGCUCGCAAGCGUAAUGCGAGCGAGUCGGAGAGCGAAGGCGGCCCCGUCAUCCACGAGUUGGGCGAGGAGCUGCUUGGAGAGGUCAUGAACCCAAACAGUCCCUAUUCCAAGCAGUAUGAUGGAGAGAGCGUCUCACCGCAAGCUAUGGAGCGGCCUCGUUCCAAUGCGAGCAUUACCAGCUCUCAAAAUUACGACUACUCGAAUCAGAGCGCCGAAGAUUUUAUUACCGCUCAGCUAUUGAAUAGCGGCGACGGUACGACCAACGUCGCCAGCUCGCCAGGUGGCCAACAAGUGCUCUACACCGUCACAGAGGCACCCGAAACUCAUGUGCAGGAGCAACAAUUUCAGCCCAGUCCCAAUAGUCUAUACAAUAGCGACGAGCAGUUAAAUGUGCUCACCACGCCCAUGGUGCGGGAGCAAGAGGCGCGUAAGCGUCAGCAGCUUAAGGAGAAGAACAAACUGCGCCGGAAUUUAGAUAUACUUGGCCAGGUUGAUUUGGAUAUGUCUCCAAAGUCCUCUCGCACACGCAAUGAGCAAAAUGAGUCACAGUUGAAUAUGCCCCAAMSGGUGCUGGUCAAGACAGAGCCGGAGGUAAGGGGUGUGGCUGCGAGUAUGCCUUCGUUGCUAGAACCUGAUUCGAACGACGCGGAUCUCUACAAUGUGAACUUUAUUAGCAACGAUAUGCCAACGAAUAUAUUUGAGGAUGACUCCUUGAUGUCCUCCGCUGGCAUGGAUGAGCAAUCUGCCAAACUGGAUCAACAACAACARUUUGGGCGCAAUACUGUAAAUAGUGGAAAGUUUGCCGAUAUGCCGAUCACGUUUGACCUGACCAACAGUAGCCCUGAUAAUCCUUUGGUAACUGAUGCCAAUUUGGCCUCUACUUCAAAAGCGGCCGCAGCUGCCAAGGACAAUAAUAAUGAACAAGACCAGCAGCAGUUGCAACCGCAUCAAGCAAUGGCAGUUACCAAGUACACAGGCGAUAAUGGUAACGAUUCUCGAAUACCUGCAGUGGAAGAAGUCUCCGGUCACCUGGAUAGCCUACAAGAUGAGCUUGAGACCCUGAAAGAUCUACUGCGCGGCGAGGGCGUUUCCAUUGAUCAGAACAUGCUAAAGGGCUCUGCGCCGAAAGGUGUUGCUGCCAGGAAUCCCGCAUUGCAGCUGUCCGACGAGGAGCUGCUACUGAAGAGAUUCCGAUCCAYUUAA